ACAUGGGACGCAAAAGCAAGAAACACAUAGCCGACAAACCUCCGGCAACCGCCGAUAUUGCCGAUCUGCUGCGGAGGCCACAAAAGACCCAGAGGUCUGUAAUGGCGUCGCCAUCGGAUGGGUCUUCCCGGGCAUCCAGCGAGCCUUCCUUUGCAGAAAAUUUACCUGUGACCAACCUGUGAAAAGAUAUCCUGCCUCACCUUCUAAGCUAGUGGCACAGCAACUGAUCACGGAGGAGAAGCUGAGAGGCCUCUUAAAUGAGCUCUGCUGGAAAAUUGCAGCAGACAUAGGCCAAUUUCAAGAGAAAAUCAACAGAGUAUCAGCACGACUACACACCACAGAGCUGAAUACUAUGGCUCAUGAAAUCCGCAUCUCCAGCCUAGAACACAAACUACAGACACUGUACCAUUCUCAGGCACAAACUCAAGAACGUAUGGCAGCCCUGGAAGAUAAAAGGCAUUUCAAGAAUGUGAAAAUACCCAGCUUGAAAGAUAAAACAGAGGCAGCAGAACUCCCUCAUUUUCUCCGCAGGCUACAUAUCCACCUCUUGGGCAAAAGCCAUGCUGCUGGACAGGUUGUUCUGGAUACCAAAGUCAACAAAUGGCGACUCUGGGACUAG